UGAUCAAUCUUCUACUAUCCGUCUACAUUGAAAUCACCUUAACACUCUGACAGACAGCGACAAGCCCCCUGAAAGCAAAUGAGUUUGAUUUAUUUGGCUGUAAAAACACCAGGAACCGCACCGAGGACGCGGUGACGUCCGUGUGCAGAGAAGCGCGCGUUUGUCCGUGAUGCUGCUCGCUUUGCACGCGGUUGUUUGUUUUUGAGCGAGUCUGCUGCUGUUGCUGUUUGAGUUUUGUUGCCCUGCAGACUUCCUACUGCUGGAUAAUUUUACUGCCGCUCGUCUCUUGUGGCCCGAGAGCUCGGGAGAAGGGAAGAGGAGAAAAACAAGUGUCUUGGAUUGGUCUCCUGUCCCGUCAAGCUGCAGCAUCGGGGGAAAUCGAACCACUGGCCUGAGCUGGGUGGAGCAGUGACCGCCUGUAGCAUGAUGUCCUACCUCAAACAGCCCCCCUACGGCGUCAACGGCCUGGGGCUGAGCGGCGCUGCCAUGGACCUGCUGCACCCGUCAGUGGGCUACCCGGCGACUCCCAGGAAACAGCGGCGGGAGAGGACGACCUUCACCCGCUCUCAGCUCGACGUCCUGGAGGCUCUGUUUGCCAAAACCCGGUACCCGGAUAUUUUUAUGCGUGAGGAGGUCGCGCUGAAAAUCAACCUGCCCGAGUCCAGAGUCCAGGUGUGGUUCAAGAACCGGAGGGCCAAGUGCCGCCAGCAGCAGCAGAGCGGCAGCAGCACGAAAGCCCGGCCGCCAAAGAAGAAGUCCUCUCCGGCCAGGGAGAGCACUGGGUCUGAGAGCAGCGGCCAGUUCACACCUCCUGCCGUCUCCAGUACGGGCUCAUCCUCCUCUUCAUCCUCCUCCACCAACCACACAGGCCCGGCGGCGCUUAGCAGCACCUCUACCUCCAUCAGCACCGUCUCCUCCAUCUGGAGCCCUGCUAUCUCCCCUGGAAAUGCUCCUGUUCCCGCUGUGGCCCCGCUCCCUGAACCUGGACCCCCUUCUAACGCCUCCUGUAUGCAGCGUUCAGUGUCUGGCUCGGCCGCCGCAGCCACUUCCUACCCCAUGUCCUACAACCAGACACCAGGCUAUGGCCAGGGCUACCCGGCCCCGUCCAGCUCUUACUUCAGCGGUGUGGACUGCGGCUCCUACCUGGCCCCUAUGCACUCCCACCACCACCACCCCCACCAGCUCAGCCCCAUGACGGCCUCCACCAUGUCGGGCCACCCGCACCACCAUAUCAGCCAGUCUUCAGGCCACCACCACCAUCACCAUCACCACCAGGCGUACGGUGGCUCCAGCCUGGCCUUUAACUCGUCUGACUGCCUGGAUUACAAAGAGCAGACUGCAGCCUCCUCAUGGAAGCUCAACUUUAACGCCACAGACUGCUUGGACUACAAAGACCAGGCCUCCUGGAGGUUCCAAGUCUUGUGAUCUGGCUUUUUUCCCUCCCUGCUCGCCUGCUCCCUCUUCUUUUAUUUUCCACAUCAGCUUAUUGCUUGUUUUAAAGACAAAAAGAGUUUAUGAACCAUGAGAUAACAAAGAAAGCAGCAGGAAUGCUCAACAAUUGGACUUUGUUUUUCCUCCCUCUCUUCCUCCAUGUCCUUAAAAAAUAAAAUAAAAAUGAAGAGAAACAGUAAAGUCUGAUGAAGAGAAAUAAUCAGGAGCAGUUUCCUGAGGAUGAAGAGUGGGGUUUUUUAUGAAGCCGCUUCAAGGAUGAUCUUAAACUGUUUUUCUAGGAAAAAAAAAAACAUUUCAACCAAACUCCUUUGACCACCAGCUCUCUGGCUCUCUGGAUGGGAGGAAUAUUUUCCCCUCUGCUGCACCGACAGGAACUGCCUGCAGUGCCCCUCUUUACCUCCAACCCACCCAAUCAAACCCUGUAUAGUUUUUAUUUCUGAAAUUUGUUAUUUUAGGAUGACAGAGAUUUUUAGUCAGCUACAUCAAGCAGCUGAAAUAUGUAAAUAUGUAUUUGGGUCAGUUACAGUGACCAUGUUUAGUUGGUGUUUUUUUCUGAAGUUGAAAUUGUUUAUUACCACUUUGGGAGAAAAAAAAAAGAAAAACCCUGUAUGUAAAUCUUUCCAAAUAUUCCAAAGAGAACAAAUUGGCCAUAAAGUUCAGUUUUUAUAUCCGUUGUUUUACUCAGAAAAAAUGUUUUGACAAUUUGAAAUGUCUUGGAAAAAACUAAAAACAGCUGCAGAAAGGAGCUCUGGGCGAAUGUUUUCCGGAUAUUAUUAUUCUAGCCUCUUGGUUUUAAAGCAGACCUCCUCUCUUGGGCAUUGUGGUGAUUUAUUGGACAUGUUUGAACGCAGCACUUGGCUUGAUAUUGGAGUCAGAGCAUUUUUUAAUUUUUGGAGAGGAUAUGUGGAUUUAAAGCUCCAAAAGAGUGAGAUGUUGAAUGUAUCUUUAAGGCGACCACCCUUACAUACAUGUUCAUCCAAUAAAGAUCCGUUAAGUCAUA